AUGCACACCCCGCACGAUGAUCCCGCCACCGUCCAUGGCCUCGCUUACCCCGCGUCCUUCCUCCAAUCCCUCCCCGUCCUCCGCCACCGCCAGGACCCUCAUCCGCCCAUUCGCGCACUCACCGCCGCCCAGUUCUCCGAGCUCCAUUAUUCGCACCUCACCACUCACGCACCCGAUCAUGUUCUCUUUCCCUUCCUACACGGCCUUGAAGGCGACAACGAGCAACAGAAUGCCUUCUUCGCCUCCUCGCGAGACAAGGGUGACGUCCCGUCUUUCCGCGGGCUUGUCUGGGUCGCGUGCGACGAAGACGACGAGGAGAUGUGCGAUGCCGAGGACCUCGACGACGAUGACGACGACUACUCGACCAGCUCCUCGCUGGACUCGUUCGAGCCUGCCGAUCUCGAGGACGAUGUUGCCAUGGAGCUCGACCCGACGGUCGAGGGCCCCCUGAUGAGCGGCGUCCCACCACCUGAUCCUAUGAAGAAGGUCUCGGUCACGUCCCCUCUUCCCCGCCUCAGCGCGAGCGCGAACUCGACACACCCGCCGCCACCGCCACUCGUCCACACGAAGCCAUCCUUCUUGACCUCGAGUUUCCGCGUGCGGGAACUCUUGCGCACGCGGCCGAGUGAGCAAGGCACUCCGGAGAACGUCUUUGUCGAGCCUCGCAUACCAGACGGGAUCAGCUUGCGGAACUUUGGGAUCCAAGUGGUGAGUGUCGGCUUGUUCCUUUCCUUUUUUGCUCUCCGUAUCCAUGCUCAUACGUUGUUACAGCCAAUAUAUGCUACUAUCUCCGACCUUGUUGUCUACUCUCCCCGCGGCCAUACGCGACACGCGAUAGCCGCCGCGGAGAAGUUCAAGCAGGCAGUAGAGAUCAAGCACCAGGAGCGCCGCGCUCGCGCGCCGAACCCUGAUGCGCUCGUCGAGUACAAUGUCUUUGUACUCGACGCUUCUCCAGCCGAAAUGGCUGAGAAGCUCCCCCACCUUGUCGCCCGCACAGACGAGGCCUCUGGCGCGCACACGGAUAGCACCGAUGCGCAUGCCCAAAGGGAACCCUCCGACGACCUUGUCCUCCGCCUCCGUGCAAACACGGUCGAUUUCGCCCAGCGCGAAAGGGAGGAGAUGCGUGACCUCACUCAGGCGUCCGAGAUCGUUUCCGUCGUCGGGUCCUCGUCGAGCGCAGACCCCGAAUCUCUCGCGGGUUCUAACCCCUCGUCUCAUUGGGAGCCCUCCGUCGGCCAGAUUUUCCUUGGCAACUCGAACGACGUCCCUCUUACCCCUGAUCGUCGAAUCCGCAUGCGUACUAUGCGUGGUGACGAUGAUGACGACGACGACGCUUAUGACUGGCGGACCAACGACCCCACUCUGGGAUAUGGGUAUGAUCUCUGCAUUGAGUGCCACGACUACGCCCCGUUCCCUACCUCCGCUCACCUUCGCGCUGCCGAGGAGCAUAUCCGCCUCCUCGAGAAGCGCUGGAUCGAACGAUGUGUCGCAGACAUGGAGGGUCUCGACUCCAAAGACCCCGUUCAACCGCGUCCACCGCCGAACGCAUCUCACGUCAUACACUUGCCUUUCCCGAGUUCGCCCGCCUCUUCCGUUGUCACCGUCAACACGCUCCUACCCUUCGUUCAGUUCUUGGAGAGACUCAUCCAGCCCGUUGAUGGUUCCCUUACCUACGAGGCUGCGCAUGAGCAGCUGUCUCCUCCACGAACGCAGAAUGGCUUCGACUCACCAAACAGGCACGACGCUGCUAGUUCGGGCUUCACGCCCAGCUCUCUGCCACCUCCGAGCUCCUUCCCUACUUCCUUCUUCCCCUCUUCGCCGCCAACGCCUCACACUGCAUAUACGCGCGUCCGAUCUACCUCCGCCACUUACCUGCCGAAUUCGUCACCAUCGACGCCCAUUUCCAUGAGCCCCACGUCAGCGAUUCCUGUCCCUCUUCGGACGCGCCCGCUGAAGAUCUUGAUCUACUCUGCCGAUGGCUACACCGAAUCUUCCGUCCUUGCGCUGUCCAUUCUGAUGGCCCUUCAUGGAAUCUCCCUCCCCGAGGCAUAUCUCACCCUCCAGGUCGAGAAACGCCGGAGCUUCUUUGUGUACCAGAGCGAUCUGGGCGUGCUCCGCCGUGUCGAGGCGAGGCUCGAGAAGGAUCGCGCCGCUCAAUCGCAGUCUCAAGCACCUAGACACCCCUCUCCCGGUCCUGCAGGUCCAGGGCAUGACGAUGAUGGCAACUGGAGCCGUUCUCUCGGACAUGCGGCUGCGAGGUCGGUACAGUUCGCCAAUCCUGUGGUGAAGGACCCUGCGGAUAUUGCCACGGGCGUGAGCGCACCCAGCGUGGUCGCGCACCCUCUCCGCUCGCGCUCGGAGUCUGAAGCGGACGUUACCGCGCCAGCUCUCACACCAGGACGGCCUCGCUCGAAGACUAUGCCUCCGCAGCGGAUACCGCCGUGGCGGGACCACCAGGUUUGGUUCAACGACCCCAGGUUCGACGGAAGCUUCCCCAGCCGGGUGCUGCCGUUCUUGUACCUUGGCAACUUGAACCACGCCUCGAACGCGUUCAUGCUGCACGCACUCGGGAUCACGCACGUCGUGUCCGUGGGCGAGUGCGCGCUCGUCCCUCCCCCGCAUAUGGACACCCCACACGCUGGGCCGAACACUGCGGCGUGUGCGAUGCCCAACCCGAACGCGCACUUCAUCCCGGGCAAGGGUCCCGGGGGCCAGGGUUCGCUGUGGAUCGAAGAGCGGGAGGGCAGGAUCAAGGUCCUCGACAUCAAGGGUGUAUGUGACGACGGGAUCGACACGCUCGAGCCGCAGCUGGAGCCCAUCUGUGAGUGGAUCGACAAGGCCCGUGAGGAGGGUGGGAAGGUGCUCGUGCAUUGCCGCGUUGGAGUGUCGCGCAGCGCGACCGUUACUAUCGCGUACGUCAUGAAGCACCUUGGGCUUUCGCUGGUGGAUGCAUACCUCAUCGUGCGCUCGCGCCGGCUGUCUGUGCUCAUCCAGCCGAACAUGCGCCUGCUGUACAACCUCCUCGGGUGGGAGAUCAAGCUCGCGCGGGAGCGCUCUGAGCGUGCACUCGCGAACUACGAGCUUGCGCGCGCGCUCAACUGGCCGUACCUUGCGAAGGAGGUGCACGCGCUCAACGAGAAGUACCUGCACUAA